CCGGAGCCGGAGCCGGAGCCGGAGCCGGAGCCGCCGACGCGAUGAGCGGGGCCGCCUGGCCGGGCUGGCUGCUCUGCAGGCUGGGGCUGGUCCUGCUCUGCCGAGGGCUGCUGGUGCGGAGCCUGGAGUAUAACCAGCCGGCCGACAACUACACGGUGUGUCAAGGGGACGAUGCCAUUCUAAGCUGUUCCAUCGACGAGGAGGUGACCCGGGUGGCCUGGCUGAAUCGCUCCAACAUCCUGUACGCCGGGAACGACAAGUGGUCCAUCGACCCGCGGGUCCGGCUGCUCACCAACAGCCCGGCCGAGUUCAGCAUCCUCAUCGCCAGCGUGGACGUGUGGGACGAGGGGCUGUACACCUGCUCCUUCCAGACCCAGGCCAAGCCCCACACGGCCCAGGUCUACCUCAUCGUGCACGUGCCGGCUCGGAUCACGAACAUCUCCUCGGCUGUGACGGUGAACGAAGGCAGCGACGUGAGUUUGCUGUGCAUGGCCACGGGCAAACCUGAGCCCACCGUGACCUGGAGACAGCUGCGAGACACAGACGGAUUCACCAGCGAAGGGGAAUAUCUGGAAAUCACCGAGAUCAACAGGCAGCAGGCCGGGGAAUACGAGUGCAUCACGGCCAAUGACGUCUCUGUGCCCGACAGCAAGAGGGUCCUGAUCACAGUCAACUACCCUCCCACCAUCAAGGACGUGAAGGACGCCUUUCCCCCCGUGGGGAAGCCGGCACUGCUGAGAUGUGAGGCCAUGGCCGUGCCCCCUGCCGAAUUCGAGUGGUUCAAGGAUGACAAGCACAGACUCUUUGGGGGCCGCGAGGGGCUGCGGAUCCGGAACGAGCGCACGCGUUCCAUGCUGCUCAUCGACAACGUCACCGCUCGGCAUUAUGGGAACUACAGCUGCCUGGCCUCCAACAAGCUGGGGGUCUCCAACGCAAGCCUGCGGCUGAUACGACCCGGCUCUCUGGAAAACGUAGCCGUGACCGGGAUGGAGUCCCCCUUGUUCCUGGGCUUGCUGUCGUCUGCCUUUGUGACUCUCCUGUUUAAAAUCUAGCGUGUUCGGCAGGCACAGCGGGAGGAGAGGCGGCUCGGGCGGAGAGGGAGAGCACGCGAGAGAGACCUUCUCCUUUCCGGGAGAGACGAAGAGAGAAAACAAAGAAACAAAUCUUAUCGAGAACCCCAGCACUGUGAGGGAAACAUGAAAAAAAGAAAAAAAAACGACAAAAAAAAAUAUGCAUUUCUUUCUACGGCCAUUUUCCGUCACUUUCAUCCCAGACACUUCCAGCCGGACUUGUUCUAAAGGGACGAACAAACUGACCUGCAAAGACACAGGGCUUUAAAGGGUUAACGGCCAGUGCUUCUGUGCCCCAUGGGGGCCCCCCGCCAUAGGGCUCGCGGUGAGGGGCUGUUCCCCUGCUCCGGGAGAGUUUGUGGUUCUCAGCUGCCCUGAAGGACGAGCUUCGCUGGCUUUUGCAAAAGUUGGGGGCUGGGCCUUUCUGUACCACACAGAGUGUUUGAGUGCGGAAUUUCCCUAGUCUGGGGCUGAAAAAUUCCUCAGCGAACAACGUUUCUCGGGCUGAGAUUGACCCUUGUUUACACAGGUUUGGGACUCUGAAUUUCCUGAAGCUUUCCAGGCUGACAUCUUCCUUCGCUCACCAAGUUUUCCGGGCUGAGAAUUCCCUUGGUUUACACAGAUCUGAGGCUGAAUGUUUCCUUCCUUCACAAAGGUUUUUGGGCUGAGAAUGAUCCUUGUUUACACGGGUUUGAGGCUGCGAAUUAAUUAGUUGGCAAAGUUUUGGGGCUGAGAAUUACCCUGGUUUGCACAGGUCUGAGGCUGAAAAUACCAUUAAUUCACAAAGUUUUUUGGGCUGAAAAUGUCCUUAAUUGCCAAUUUUUUUUGUGCUGAGACGGACCCUUGUUUACACAGGUUUGAAGCUGGAAAUGUCCUUAGUUCACAAAGUUUUGUGCACUGAGACCUCCUAAUUCACACUGGGUUUGGCUUGAGAAUUUCCUAGUUCACAAAGGUUUUAGGGGCUCAGAAUUUCCCUAGUUUAUGCAGGUUUCAGGCUUUCUUAGUUCACAGGGCUUUCUGGGCUGAAAAUGACCCCAGUUCUGGGGUGCAGAUUUAUUUCCUUCACAAAGUUUUCUGGGGUGAGAAUUUCCUUGGUUUACUGAGGUUUCGGGUUGAGCCUUUCCUUAAUCCAGCGAGUUUUUUGGGAAUUUCCUUAGUGAACAAACCAAACCUAAAAAUACCCCCUUUUUAGCUAUGAAUUCAUAGAAUCAUAGAAUCUCAGGGUUGGAAGGGACCUCAGGAGGUGUCUAGUCCAACCCCCUGCUCAAAGCAGGACCAAUCCCCAACUAAAUCAUCCCAGCCAGGGCUUUGU